AUGAACGCCGAAGUCGACAAGCUCGAUGGCCUCGCGCCGCGGGCCUGCGAGCUUUGCCAUCGCCAGGGCGACGUGAUGCGAUGCGCCGCCUGCCAGGCCGUCUACUACUGUGGCCGCGAAUGCCAGGCCGCAGACCGUGACGACCACAAAAUGCCGUGCAAGGUCAUCAAAAAGGCUCGUUCACACUACGAACGUGAAUACGAAAAGCUGCGAGACAUGCGUGGCGACAUCCUCACGCCUGAGAGGGUGUUUGAAACCCAGGUCGGCCGCUUCUGGGGCAUCCUCGAGACAAGACCGUACAUGCGUGCGCGGUACGGGCUCGUUGACGCGCUGCUGCUCAGCUACGGUACUGCGGGCGGUCCCGUCGAUGUAGUCCAGACUGCGCUCGAUCAUCUUCUUGACAUGCUGCGCCUGAACCGCUCCGACAAUAUGGGCAAUAAGGAUAUGCACUAUGACCACGGGGACAUGAGCCUGCCCUACCUCGACAUCAAGAAUGCCGACGUGUUCGAGAGCCCGGAUGAGGCAUGGUUGAACGAGUACUGGAUGGAGCUCAGUCACGUCGUGGCCAUUGUGCUCAUCAAAGUCCGGAUUCUGCUCCAUCUGCAGGCCAUGCAAAACGCGGAAAUUGCCCUCCGCGGCACUGUACCUGCCGAGAUCAUAGACCUCAUCCGUGGCCAGCUGGUGGGCAGCAUCAUGGCCGCACGAUCUGAUCUCCCGCUCUCCAAGCCCGCGGAGACGGCGCAGCUAGCAGACAAGAUCCGGGGCCAUAUCAGAACGCUGUAUGGGGCCGUCCAAAAACACAACCCGCACUUUUGGAAGAUUCUCGUGGAAGAGCCCGACGCCGGUGUGCUCCAGCGACCAAGUGGGCCUUACAGCCAGAAGACGCGGGAAGAGGCAUUGCUCACGGUCGGCUACAGCUACGCUGCCUGGUAUGAGACACCGGGGGCUGUGCGCGUGCUACGGAGUCUGGCAAAAGUCAACGCCAAAUAG